AUGGAAAGUAACCAUCAGUAUGCUGAUAGAAAGUACUGGGACGAGCGGUUUGCCGAAGAGAAGCACUUUGAAUGGUUGGCAGAUUUUGAUGCCUUUAAACAUCUAAUAAUACCAAAAUUAUCUACGGAGUCUAGAAUAUUACAUAUCGGAUGUGGUACAAGUCAGUUGUCGAUGCAGUUGUUUGAAAUGGGUUUUACGAAUAUUACGAAUGUAGAUUUUUCUCAGGUGUUAGUAGAUACUGGUCGUGUUGCUCAUCCGGAAAUGGAGUGGAUUUGUGACGAUAUUCGGUCGUUAGGCAAGAUCCCUUCGUCCUCCUUUGAUGUCGUUCUGGAGAAAGCCACUCUGGAAGCACUGCUUGUCAAGGAAAAGAGUUCAUGGAGUCCUUCGGAUGAUGCUCUGAAGACUGUCGAUGAUGUGUUGGAAUCUGUGGCUAGAGUUCUAAAAAAAGAUGGUGUUUUUAUCUCCAUAUCAUUUACACAGCCUCACUUUCGCGUGCCUGCCCUUCUUCGAUAUCCCGGCUGGUCUAUAUCGGUCAACGAAUUCGGCGACUUCUUUCACUACUUCGUCUUCACCAUGAAGUGCGGCGAAGAAGCUUCUCAGGAAAUAUAUGAUCGCUUUGCUCGGAUCGCUCCGGAAUGGAGUAGACCGCUAACAGUCACUGAAUGA